AAGGAGGUUACGCCGUGGUGCGACAGGUGUAAACUUCACUCAACAGACUUGCUUGCUUGCUUGCUAGCAAUUGAAACCGUUGCUGACGAAGACAUCAACUGCAAUGCUAAGGAACGACUUCGGAGCAAUGUCUUUGUUGCCCGUCUUCCUGCUCUCAUGUGGCUGCAUGUCGGGGUCUCACCUCACGGAGGCCUCAGACGACACUCUGAGCCCUGAAGAUGCUUCUUUUUGCGACGGCGAGCUGGAGGUCCAGUACCCAGAGCUUCUUGUUAAUAGAUGCCUGAUUGUUCCAGAGGAAUUUCGAGAGAAACUUAGCACCAUCUGGGGAGCUCCACUUAUUCGGUACCGUCACGCACAGGAGGUUUCCAAUUACACUCUGAUCAUGGUUGAUCCUGAUGCUCCAAGUCGCUCUAAACCAGUGCUGGCUUACUGGAGGCACUGGGUUAUCACAGACAUGGAGUGGUCCUCGCUGAAGAAUGGAGUGUUAACAGGGACCAUUAUUGAUGACUAUCAACCUCCAACGCCACCACGUGGGACUGGUUUCCACCGCUACCAGUUCCUGCUGUUCCACCAAGGCAGCAACAUCACGUCCGACAGUCUGGACUCAGAGAGCCGAGGUAAAUGGAAUCUGGACGCCUUCGUAUUAAUGUUUCAUCUGGGAGAGCCUGUGGCUAAGCUGCAGUUUCUCACACAAAACUACGAAGACUGAAGAUCCCCUCAAAGGUGUCCUUGACCUGUGGUGAUGCGCAGUCAACAGGAAUUGGAAUCACUUUCAAGCUUAUGAGUAGUAUGAGUCUGUUUAUCUUUCUCGUCGCAUUGCAAUCCCGCUUCCUCUUUUUGUUUUCCCCUCUUGGUGGCUUUUGAUGAUCACAUGAUCCCGUCGUGCGAGAUUUGGGGAAUAAGCUUCGGCCUCAAUGGGGAUUUCUUAUUAGUUUCCGAACGCCGCCCGACAAGAAAAGGAAAAGGGCCCGUGAUAUCACAAGCCGGCGUGGAAAGAGUUGCUUCUAAAUCAGGGGCGGAAACACGUCACGGCCCCCCAAAAAAAACAAAAAAGAAAAAAAGGAAGUAGAAGGUGAAACCGAGACCGCAGCACAACCGGAUGUUGCAGUGGAACUAAAAGUGACAGGGUGGCAGGGAGGGGGCAGGGGCUUUGCGGACUCUAGUUUAUUUGGUGAAGGGGACUUACCAUGCAUUUGUUUACAUAUUUCCACCCGGCCCGCUUUCAAUUGGAAAUAGAGUAACUUGCCGAUGAAACCUUUUGAUUGAUUUCCUGAGGUAAAAGCCCCUCUAUCUCAGCGCGUCCUUGACUUUGACGUGACGAUCCCAUUUUGAACUUUGGAGAGUCGCGGCAAAAGAUCCACCUGGCAGGUCAACUUUAUAAGCCUUCCACUUGCGGAUACUUUUCCGACUCCGUGCUGCUUUGUAGCAGGGUGGCUCAGCGUAAUCGGGAGGAGUAUUGGUUUCUAACCACUCCUCUGGGAUGGUUCUCGUAUCAAUACCCCAGAUGUCUGGAUUUCCAUCACCGACUUUGAUGUUGUGAUGAUCAAUCUUCGGUUGGGCCUUUGAUUGACCUCGGUUCGGUGUCUCCGCAGUGGUCCGGGCGGGCGUAGGUAAUGUUCCUUUGGUGGAUAAGCCAGCCUCGGUAAACUCCUGUGUGCCCUUCUGAUGAACCCUCAGAGAUCAUUGAUCAAUUUUGUUCCGUGUCCGCUUUGUUUGCUUCCUGGACUUGGCAGUCAAAGCUCCACAAACAUCCACAACAACUGUUUAGUAUCCAUCAGGUGGAACAUCGUCACUCUCCACCUUGAUUUUUACCUGUCAAACAUUUUCACAAUCGGCAAGUCGACUAUAAUCCCACACUCAUUGUGUAACAUGCCAGGUGGAAGAGAACUUCUCCCCCCCCCCCUAAAAAAAAACAACAAAAAACACCUACUUGGACUGCAUUAGCAAUCCGGUGCAUUGCCAAGAUUUUGACUUUAAAAACAAAAACGCCGCUUUGCUUCCAUUCAUAUCUCGGCGCCGCGCUGCCAGAAACAACUGGAUUUGUCACCCAACUUCCUCCAGCGUGUUUUUUUCCCAAAUGUCAGCGGUGUUGACAGACUGACAGCUGUCGUUUGCCAACAAGCGCCACCCUUGAGAAUAUUGCCAAUGUUUUGAAUAUGUUCCUAAUGUAUUCCAACUGACAUUAAUUAAAAUGAAUUUGUUUAAUCAACUCUGUUGCCUAACCGAGACAAAAGUGAUCUAAUAAAGCGCAAUGACUUUUUCUUUC